UGAACGCAGACAUUGGGGAUUGAAUUCAAAGAGCCAAGUUUAGAUUGUCUGUCUAAUGUCUCAAGAAGCUACGAUCAUAGCAGUUGAUAAUAGUGAUUACAUGCGAAAUGGGGACUUCUUCCCAACACGUCUGCAGGCGCAAAAUGAUGCUGUUGGUUUGAUCUGUCAGAGCAAACGCCAACGCAAUCCAGAGAAUACCAUUGGUUUGUUGUCCCUUGCAAAUACCGAGGUACUCUGUACGCUAACAAAUGAUGUGAGUAAGAUAUACAAUCGUCUACACCUUGUGGAGCCAAAAGGCAGCAUCAUCUUCUGCUCAUCAAUAAGGAUAGCCCACCUCGCACUUCGUCAUCGUCAAUUGAGACAUCAGAAAAUGAGAAUCGUAUGUUUCAUCGGUAGUCCUAUAUUAGAGGAUGAAAAAGAAUUAACUAGGCUUGCCAAGCGUCUCAAAAAAGAGAAAGUUAAUGUCGAUAUUAUUAAUUUUGGUGAGAAUGAAACAAAUGAGCAAAAGUUAUCAGAAUUCAUCGACACACUGAAUGGAAAGGAUGGGACAGGUUCUCACCUCAUAUCUGUUGCCCCGGGGACAGUCUUACAUGAUACUUUGAUGACCAGCCCCGUUGUUGCUGGUGAGGAUGGUUCUGGGAUGGCUGGUGCUGGGUUAGGCUUGGAGUUUGGAUUAGAUGGGGCAGAGGAUCCUGAUCUACUCUAUGCCCUCAGAGUAUCAAUGGAAGACCAGCGCAUGCGUCAAGAACAUGAGGUUAAUGGAGAUGGUAGUAAUACUUCAGUCGUAGCAACAUCGUUACCAGCUGGGUCAGGAACAUCCGAAGAAGCUAUGCUUCAGCAGGCUUUGGCUAUGUCAAUGCAAAUGAAUAAUACCGAAUCUUCAUCCUUGCCUAUGGAUAUCGACCUGGCAGCUAUGUCAGAAGAAGAUCAGAUAGCAUACGCACUGCGCAUGUCUUUACAACAGAUGGGGGAGGAAACGACUCAACCUACCACCACUACAUUGGAGUCCAACCAGACUAUUGUUGAACCCUCUGGUGUGGCUAUGGAUAUAGAUCAGACUCCAACUAAAGUCACUGAAAAUCCGAAAUUAUCUCCUAAUCCCGGUACAUUGGCAGCUGCAACAUCAGCUUUCAACUCGUCAACUGUCCCUACAUCUGCUGACUUGGACGUUAUGUACGAUGCUGAGUUUUUGGAAUCGGUUUUACAAAGUUUGCCUGGUGUGGAUACUCAGAAUGAAGAUGUUCGCAAGGCUAUAGAUGCUCUAACUAAGUCCCAGUCACAGAGAAGUUCAAAAAAAGAUGAAAAAGAAGAUGAGGAUAAGCAGAAUAGUUAAGGAGCGGUGUAUUGAUUUUCAAAUUCGCGAUGAUUAAUUGUUUGGGUUCUUAUUUUUGACAGUGGUGAAUAUACGCAUUCUUAGCUAAAGUUAUUGCGCUUCAUCCUUCUGUUUCCUUAUUUAGAGAGUAAAUAUUGUUCCAAAAAAUGAUUUACAUUGUUCUUUUGUGUGAUUUACUUGUUUACAGACUUAAGCGUUUAUAGUGAUGCUUCGUUUUCGUUUUCGUCAGUCUGUAAUAUUUAUCAGUUAUCUGUUUGUAUAACAUUCAAUACAUAUAUGACACAAUAACUAGGAGGGGUAUUUUUACAUUAACUUCUUGUUCGCUGUCACAUUUCUUGCCAAAUUACAAUUACCCCUCAAAUGCUGAACCUACAACACCAUAACUACGUGCUUGUAAACCGUACUAAUGCCACAUAAGCAGUGAUAGGUAGGACGUUGAUCCAAUAGGUAAUGAGAAGUUGAACAAGAUAGUUUGUUUGAACUAUACGAGAUAACAGUAGAUUGGACUGAUAUACCUAUGUCCUAUGUUCUUUAUGAUGAUUAUCUAUUUGAUUUUGGGUGGUCGUAGACUCUUGUAGUAAAUUCAGGGGUGUUGUUCUGACUUGCUCACGCACCCAAAAACAGUGAGUUUAAUUAUUCAGGUGUUAUGCAUAUAAUAUAAAAUAUGUUACCCCGUAUUUUCUUGACUAUAAACGUAACACGAAUAAUAAAUCUCAGUAGGUACAUUACGGGGACAUCUGCAAUACAAAUCUGGGUAAUGUAUUUAGUCGUUUAACUGUAAUCUAUGAAUGACAAAAGCUUCCAAAAUAGUAAGUGACUGGAAUAUGGGUUUUUAAUUGUGAAAAUACUAAGGUAUCAUGAACCAAAUUAAAUAUACAAACAGAUGCUCAGGAUUGUUUGGAGUCUCAGGAUUUCGAUUCUACGCCUGAAAGGUGAACGCUACUAAAUUGACAAUCCUUCGACUAAUCAGUGUUGUAUUAUGUUAACUAUUUGGUCACUGGUUAUUAUCCAAUAAACGUUAAUGAAGCAACAUAACAGUUUUAUAUUAAUCAAUGAAAAAUUCCCAUUAUAUUAAAACAAUUAUAUGAACGAAGUAUAUUUUUCCAAUAAUAGUUUUAUAUUACCGAUUUAUUUCAUCUGUACACUGGGUAUUUUAAAUUGAGUUUGUGGCUCAUUUCAAAUCUAAAGACUUAUCACAUAAGCAUGUACUUGGUAAUUUAUUUACAUUAAAAUGUUUGAUGAUAAAA